AUGGCAUCUGUAACGUCCCUCGAUCAGGACAUGCGCAACUUGCGCCUAUCUCGAUACACUCCGCAGGCAGCAAACGAGGCACGAACUUGGAUAGAACGUACCUUGGGCGAGAAGCUGCCUUCUGGAGACUUGCUAGAAGGAUUAAAAGAUGGCGUCGCAUUAUGCAAACUGGCAAAUCUCGCGGUCCAAGGCAAGGCUGGCUCGAUCAAGUUCAAGGCCAGUCCCAUGCCUUUCAUCCAGAUGGAGAACAUCAGCCAUUUCCUGAAGGCCUGCGAAAUGCCACCUCUGAACAUGCCAGCACAUGAUCGCUUCCUGACUGUCGAUCUGUUCGAGCAGAAGGACCCAGCACAAGUACUACAAUGCCUAAGCGCAUUCAGCAGGCAGGCGCAUAAUCUCAACCCGUCGAGAUUUACAUCUACAAUUGGGCCUCGAAAGGCAGGAGGUACCAUGUCUCCAGCGACCACGGGCGGAGGCUACACAAAUGGUGGCAGCAUGCGACGCGCACCAAGUCCGACCAAACCCUCGGUUGCCAUGCCUACAAACACCCGUGCCAUGAGCCCGGCACUUACAGGAGGAUCGAACAGCUCGCGACAAUCAGCCACAAAGUCUCCAGAAGGUCCGGUUAGCAGCUGGAGUAAUAGAGCCGAUGAGACAAAGACAGCGCCUGCAUGGAACAUCCACCAGUACGGUUACAUGGGAGGAGCAUCGCAGGGCAAUCAAGGCAUUAGCUUUGGCGCGAGGCGGCAGAUUACUAGUCAAGCCCCUGCAGUGCCAUCUCUAGCCGAGAAGCAGAAGCUACGAAAGCAGAAAGAGGAAGAAGAGGAGCGAGCACGACAGCAAGCUGCGGAAGAGCGUGAGCGGCGCGCGAGAGACGUGCAGCAAGCAGAGGAGCGGGCAAGACUGGAAGAGGAACGAAAAUGGGAAGAGGAGACCAAGCGAAAUCGCGAAGAGGAGAGGCAGCGUCUGGAACAGCAAAAACGAGAAUGGGAAGAACAAGAGCGGAAGUGGAGGGAAGAGGAGCAACAAGAAGAGCUUCGCAGACGAGAAGAUGCUGAGCUGCAAGCUAAGAUGAGUGCACGGAAGCCGCCUGAGAAGCCUAGGGUGCCCAGCUCGAGCAUCCUACGUGGCCAGACUCUAUCACAAUGGCAGAAAGAACAAACCGCAUUAUCUGCAGUGACAGUAGGCUCUCCUGAGAGUACUGAGACGCCAGAACAGCGCAGAGUGAGAGAACUCGAGAAACAGCUUGAAGAAGCACGAGAACGCGAACGACAAUAUCAGGCCGAGCGGGAGGAGCGGUUACGAAAAGGCACGGGCGAGUCUGGGUCUCGGCCCAGCACCGCAGAUACUGCACGACCAAGUAGCGCACAGCAGAGCGAUGUCAGCUGGGCAGGCGAUGAGCGCGAAUUCUCACGAAAGCAGUUACACGCCGAGCCAGCGGCGGCCCGCCCAACUCAAGUCGGCGCUCAGAGACCUCUGCCUGCAAAGCCCGAAGCAGCACCAAGCCUGCCAUCACGUCCACUCCCUGAGCCAGCAGUUUCGACCCCACCCCCCUCACUACCCGCAAGAGGUCAACCAUCACCAUUCACAAGACCGCUUCCAACACCCAAGCAUGACCCAGAGCCAGCACCGCAACCCGAACCAGAGAUAUUUGAGCAACGCCAACCGAAUCGGACAGAAGCGUUUCUCGCCAGCAAUCCAGCUCCAGCAACUACAGGACCUCGAAUAUCUUCAUCUCAAGAGGCCGGCGAUACCUCGCUCGAGCAACAACGACUACGCGACUCCCGUGUAGCCUCACAGCAAAAGACGAAAGCUGGCGGCUGGGCGAGUAAGUCACUCUUGGAACGAGAAAUGGAGCGUGAGCGAGAAAGGCAGAAGGAAUGGGAGGCCAACCAGGAAGCGACUAAGAGUGCACCGCGAGACGCGAGCCAGGGAAUUGGAGAGGGACAGACGUGGGAUGUCAACCAGUAUGGUUAUAUGGGAGGUGAUUCCAUGAACAAAGGCUCAAGCGUUGGCAGCGGCAUCAAUAUUGGUGGUCGCCGGCAGAUUAUUGGUCCUAGACCGCAGAAGUAGAGAUGAUUCGGCAUGGCAUGGCAUGGCAUAUACGAUGUAACGCAGCGAAAAAUUGAUUGACCGGCUUCUUUCUUCAUU